AUAAUAUUUUCUCUAUAUAAUUUUAGUUUUGAAGACAUUAAAGAAUCUCGAUUGAUAGCUAAAAACUAAAAGUGGAAAAGGAAUUUGAACUUCUGCAGAUAUAAACAUAAUCAAGAUUCUAGAAAUAAUCUAGAUUCCUAAAUAAAGCACAGGAUUCUGAAACUAGAGUCUUAUACUUCCUGUCUUCCGAGAACUAGUGAAUCAGGAAAUAAAAAUGUGACAGAAUUAAGAAAUACGAAGAAUUUUCAGCAACCCAAUACAUCGAAUACAGUCAUCGUAUUGAUUAAUUCAUAUCCAUAUCUAUGAAAAUAUAACUCAUAAAUGCAAUCAUGUAUAGAACUUAUAAAAGAGCCAAAGAGAAGAGCGCUCUAUGCUAGCGCUAAACUCUAUCGACAGAAAUGAGUUCCACACCGAUUGGCUUCAACGAAAGCACUACGGCGAUGACGUAUCUGCCCAGUCCUGUUACUAUUGGACCAUUUGUUCGAUACAAUAGAUCCAUGAUUCUGGGUGGCAGAUUGCUACCACCCAAGCCUACAGUGUCUCUAGACGCUCGACCGAUUGUGAUUCCAAUAUUGUCCUGUGUCCUGUGCUUUCCUGUUCUGGCUUUUGCCAUUAUAUGCGCCCUCAGGUACAGAGCAAUACGACUAAGAAAGAAAGACAGACUCAAGCGAGUGCAGUCUGGAUGCCGUUCAGUGACUCUGGAAAUCCCCGCUCGUGACAAAUCGUCUUUCUACUCCAAAGACUCUUCUUCUGAUCCGAGUCUCAAGGGGAUGGGCGAGGUGUCUCAAGCAGUACCGGAGAGCCCCCCUCUCCUGAUGGCCCCCAGCACCUCUGGGACAAGCAGCCGCAGGAGUUCAAAGACCAAUCAGCACGUCAAGUUCAUGACAACCACAGCCGUGUUCCACGGAAGGACGAUCACAGGACUUAAUGGUCGAUUCAAAUCGACCGGUAAAAAACAGAAAAUAUUCUGGGACGAACACUCAUCGCACGUGGAGUGUGCGCAAGAACUAGAAAAAGAAUUGAGUCUCGCCUUGAACAGCUAGCCCAUGGAGUACUUAGGACCAUUUAAUAAAAGGAAAUCAAUUGACAAGAGAGUGUAGUGGUCGUGGAGGCGUCGGUGAAAGAUGGCAGCAUUAGGAUUCUUCUUUCGGAUUAAGGAAGGAUCAUCGGUUUCUUGAUGGCUUUUCAAUUGACAUUAAACCUACCAUAAACCGGUCGAAUGAUCACUUAUAAACAUGAUUAAAAUAACAUAGAUGAAAGUUGGAAGCUUUUUUGUUAAGAAACCAAAGAUAAAAGAAAUCAUAGUUAAUGUACACUUCGAUUUAAGCCGAGAAGGAUUCUUCGGUAUUGUGUCAUAAUAUGCAAAAAUAACAAAGGAUUUUUGGUUACCAACUAGGCAUCGAUUGGUUCUAAUUAGUUUGGUUACAAUUACUAGGAGUGUAAUAGAAUUGCAUUGAUCCUUUUUCAUACAUCGAAGAAAAAUAAAUAAAUAACAUUAUAAAAUACUACUUUAAUGCAGUACAAUCUUCAAUCCUUACUCUAUUAAAUAUAUUGGGUUUUAAAAUUAAUAAAAGUUAUACGGUCCUGUUAAAUAGAGGUUGGAAGAGGUUUAAACCAUUAUGAUAAGAAAUAUGUAAAUAUUAUUUUUUAUGUUUC